AUGAUGAUCAGAAUCAGAAGCCGCGAUGGCCUGGAGCGCGUCUCGAUCGACAACCCCCUCACCGCCACCAUCGCGCAGCUCAAAUCCGAUAUCCAGUCCCAGCUCCGUGUGCCCAUCUCGGCCCAGACCCUCUCCACCGACCAAAAGCUGCUCCUCGCCAAGAACCCGGCCGACUGGACCCGGUUCGAAGAUAUGACCGAUCCGAACUCCCUCCUAUCCUCUCUCAGCAUCGCGCACGGAUCCAUAGUCUACCUGGCCUACGAGGGAGAGCGGGCCGUGGCCGGCCCGGCCUUCCAUCCCGCGGGCUCUUUCGGCAAGAAGAUGACAAUGGACGACCUGAUCGCGAAGCAGAUGAGGGUCACGCGUCAGGAGAACCCGCACUGCGAGCUCGUCUCCUUCGACCGGGACACCGCCAACGCCUUCCAGCACUACGUGAACGAAAUCUUAGCCUUUGCUGUCAAGCGCGGUGGUUUCAUGUACGGCAUGGUGUCCGAUGAGGGAAAAGUGGAGGUUGAUUUCAUUUACGAGCCGCCACAGCAGGGAACUGAAGAAAACCUGAUACUGCUAAGGGACCCGGAGGAGGAGAAACUGGUCGAGGCCAUAGCUUUGGGGUUGGGGAUGAGGCGGGUUGGGUUUAUAUUCACGCAGACCAUUAGUCAGGACAAGAAGGAUUACACUAUGUCGGGCACUGAGGUCUUGCAAGCGGCCGAGCUUCAGGCGGAGGGAGAUUUGAAGGAGUGGGUGACUGCCAUUGUAAAACUGGAGGUGAACGAGGAUGGUGGGGCCGAUGUGCAUUUCGAGGCUUUUCAGAUGAGUGAUAUGUGUGUGAGGUUGUUUAAAGAAGACUGGUUCGAAAGGGAUGUGCCGAAGGAUAUAGAUCCCAAGCUGUCGAGGAUGAAGAAGGAUGUAGUGGUAGGGGGAAAGGACGUGAGGGAAGUGGACAACGAUUUCUUCUUGGUGGUUGUCAAGAUUUUUGAUCACCAGGGCCCGCUUUCAUCAACAUUCCCCAUCGAGAACAGGCAAACCCCUGUGACGAUGAGGUCACUGAAAACCCAUCUCGACCGAGCCAAGAAUCUGCCGUUUGUGAAGCGGAUUUCAGAUUUCCACUUGCUUCUUUUGCUCGCGAGGUUCUUGGACGUGAAUGCUGAUGUGCCAGCCUUGGCUGGGUGUGUGCAAGUGCAGGCUAUGGUGCCUGAGGGUUACCAGCUGCUAAUCGAGUCCUUAGCCAGUGCCUCUUGA